GUUUUAUUAACCGCAUAGAACCUGUGUGGGUGCCACAAUGCAAAACAGCAGCAAGCAACCCCCAUUACUUUGCCCUGUCUGCAGCCACAUGUGACGGACGGCGAGUUAGGAUGAUGGCAAAAUACAGCUGGACAGCGUACUGAGUAAUUCACUAUAUGAGAGAUUUAAAUAAUGUAGUUACACAAGUACGUUUUAUUUAUGCAAAUUAAUAAAACCAGUCAAUGGAUACUGCUAUUUAGUGGGUAAUACAAGGCUUACAAACAGUACGCGAGAACGGCUCCUUUUCAAAUGCAGUACCGCAACAGUAAGACUGGAAUUGCGCUGUGCACUGAGAGAAAAGCUAAAUCAAUUACCCUCUUGCACAAGACUGAAAUGGAGGAUCCUGCCUUACAGAACACACAUUGCAGUGACCGCAGGUUAUAUGCAGGGUACAGGGUGAUGUAGUUUUGAUGGUACCAUGUGAAAAAUGAGUAUCCUGAUCUCUGCGAGAAACCUGCUGCUGGCACUUAGUCUCAUGCUGGUCCUGGGCUUCCUCUACUACUCUUCUGGGAAGCUGCACAUGCGUGGAUGGGGCCAAGAGUCAUAUUCUGAGGGGGAUCCAUUUGUCUCCGUGCGACGAACAGUAGGCUCAGCGUUUGACAAACUAGGCUUCCUGGUGAAACUUGAUGCUAAACUCCCACUAGAGUUAACAUACAAAUAUGGCAAUCUCAGCGAGGGAGCCUGCAAACCUGGGUACGCAGCAGCCAAGAUGAUGGCCAUCUAUCCAAAGUUCAUUAAACCAGCCCCGAUGUUUCUAGAUCGGAACUUUAAACGACUGUCAAGAAUCGGUCAUUAUUUGCCUCCGUUUGGGGUCAAAACACAAGAAAAAGUAAUUGACAGUAUUUUGGCGCUUACGAAAAAUUACGGACUGUCCUCUGCUCUGGAUAGUCUGAACUGUAAGAGAUGCAUCAUUGUUGGGAAUGGAGGGAUCCUCGCCAACAAGUCUUUGGGGUCCCAGAUCGAUGACUAUGACGUUGUUGUGCGGUUGAAUGAGGCUCCAGUGAAAGGAUUUGUGAAAGACGUGGGUUCAAAAACAACAGUAAGGAUCACGUACCCCGAAGGAGCCAUCCAGAAUCCUGAUCGCUAUGAGAAGGACUCCCUCUUUGUCUUCUCCGCGUUCAAACCCCUUGACUUCAAAUGGCUCAAGCAGAUUGCAUCCAAGGAGAAGCUGCGUGGGACAGAUGGAUUCUGGAAGUCGGUGGCCCUGCAGGUCCCCAAAGCGCCCUCAGAGAUGCGCAUCCUGAACCCCUACUUUAUCCAGGAGGCUGCCUUCCACUUCAUCGGGCUGCCUCAGAACAAUGGGCUCAUGGGGAAAGGUAAUAUUCCCACCCUGGGCACGGUUGCUAUAACAAUGGCCCUUCAUAACUGUGACGAGGUGGCGGUGGCAGGUUUCGGGUAUGAUAUGAACACCCCUUACGCACCCUUGCAUUACUACGAAAGCGUCAAGAUGUCUGCCAUUAAAGAGUCUUGGACCCACAACAUUGGGAAAGAGAAGGAGUUUCUCCGCAAGCUGGUGAAGGGCAAAGUUAUCACCGACCUGACAAACGGGAUCUGAAACAUGUUGUGGUUGGGGAAAAAAACCCUUCCAAAUGAUUAGUAGAAGGGAGAGUGUCCCAGGACAGGUACCAGACAACAGCUGAGUACAGCUAGGACCCCAUCCCCAUCAAAAAGAUGGUGGAAAAGAAAACCGGCAACGCAGCUGUAUCAAAUCCCCAGAGGAUCGGACGUACCCAGCUGGCACCUGUGUCGUUGGGUGAAAGCUGCUUGGGAGGGUGGAGGGUGGGUGGGGGUAUUUUACUAGUGUUGUUUUAUGUAGUCUCUACAAACAUUAAGUGUUUUAAUUUUUAAAAACAGUGGGGAAAAAACAGUUAAAGAAAAAAUUAUAAAACAGAAGACAAUGUAGGAUGUGCCAAAUGUACCUCUGGAGGAGACACCCUCCGUAAUGUGUUUUGAAUGUAUACAACAACGUUAGACAUCAGAGAAUCGCCUUUUCUUUUUUCUUUCAAUAGUUUGCAUCGCCCUUUUGAUAACUACUUCUAUGAGACAGUCUCCGUCCGGGUGUCAACGUACAUCUCCUGCUGCUAUUGCUGAGAAAGGGCAAGGUGCUCUGUUUUGAGAAUUCACUUCCGUUUUUAAACACCCGACAUCCUGGAUUAUUUGUGUGAUAUUUAUUUUCUCUGCUGGAAUGAAUACUGAAAACACUACAAACAAACAAACAAAAAAAUGGUCAACGGUUUCAAAAUCACUGCAUGUCUAAAUUUCCAGUUUUGGAAAUGGAAUAUGGAAGUUCCUAGGGAUGAGUUUGAGCUUCCUUAGAACAUUCUUCAUUCUUCUGAUACCAGAGCCCGGACAUGGUUUUUGCUCGAUUUGCUUUUGAGGUCUUUGAAAUUAAGUAACCAAGCUCAUACAGUUUUUCAGUGUUAUUAUCAUGGAACCUGUUUUUUUUUUUUUUUGCUCAGAACAUGAAGUUGAACUGUGAAUAUUGGGGGGGGGGGGGUAUUUAUGUAUGUUAACUAAAUUCAUAUCCACAUUUUAGUAUAUACUUGUAUCUGGGUUUUAUUUGAAUUAUCCAAAUUCAACUCUGUAUGAAUCAGAUGCAUUGGUUAUUAAUAUCACUAUGUAUUAGAAAAAUACAGUGAGUUCCACCAAAACAAAUGAUGUUUAUAAAUUUCAGAGUGGCUGACUUAAGAUCUGUGAUGAUUAACAUUGACUCCUAUAUCUAUAAUGUGAAGUUGUGUUUCAGACAUUUUAUAUUGCAUUUACUUUGUAAAGAUCUCUCUUUGUAUUCUGAUGUACUGUAUGAGGUAUAUUUUAAUGUUUAAUGCUUGCCGGUAUAUCUACAUACAGUAUACUGUGUUUCUGGUUCCCGUUGAACAAAUAGAGGCCACUAAUUAUGCUCUCAGAACAAACUGUCUCUCUUAUUUAAUCAGCACUAUUGGAAUCUGCCCCCCCCCCCCCCCCCAUAAACACCACACUCAACAUCAGCUUUGGCUAGAAUCUGUAUGACCCCCCCCCCCUCCCCCUCCCCCCCCCUUGCACCCUGGAGUAGAACAUUGAUAGUGCCAAAACAAAGGCUUGCGUGGAUGGCCGAACCAGGACUCCCUGCCUCACGCCAGCUGUGUCGCAGAGCUGAGCUUUUUUUUUUUAUUAUUAUGAAAAGAUGCUUUAUUGCAUAAACAAACUCCCAAUUAAUCUAAACUCCAGUCACAAUUGUACAGUUCAUGUUUGUAGGAUUGUUUGAGUCAUUGAAGAAGUAUAAAGUUCAGGGUAGCAUCUAAAUAAAUAUUUAUUUAUUUUUUUUGUUGUUGUUUUUGCUAUAGUCCACUUUAGUUGCCUGCAGUUUAAAAGUUAAUACAGUGCAUGUGUUUCUUUAUGAAUUAGAAAUGAGAAAGGUACUUUGAUUUAAUCUCGGAGAAGGCUGAAGUCUGUUUUAAUCAAGUGAACCGAGCUUGCACAUUCACAGACCUCUUCCACCAGUAUUUUUAUAUUCUUUCAUUAUGUUUUGAGGGGAUUGAUAAAUCAUCUUGUCAGACACUUUUUGCAUUUUCUGGGUAGCUAAUCAUGUCAUUUCACCUUUUGUGCUCUUGUCUUACACUGGGCUAAAAACUGGACUCCAUUGUAAAUCAUAUUGGGUAUCAAAAAAUUGAUUAAUCUGGAUGAUUCAUUAAAAAAAAAAAAAAUAGAAAGAAAUUGGAGUGCAGCUGACAGGAUUACUAAUACUGGAAGUGUUUAAUAUGACCUGAAUUACAUUACAAAUGUGCAUCUGUACCUUGUGCGUUAGUUUAAUGACAUGAAUUAUUAGACUGCCUUCUCAGAUUGUAAGAAUUGUGAUUGUGGUAAUGUACUGAGAAAAGGAGAAAAUGAUUAGGAUACAGGACCUCCCAGAUUCCGGAGAAUAGGAAAUCCCAGGUUUAAAUGAUUAUGAUAUUGUUAAUAUCUGAAUACUGGUCUAUUUUAGGUUCUCUGAAAGAGGUUCAGGGAGAACAUGAAAUACUGUUUUUAAAGUGUAACUAGCAUUUAAAAUACCAUUUUUGUUGACAACAUAUAAAUACAGUGUUAUAAAAUGUA